AUGGGAAAGGGAGUGAGGGCAAAGGAGGGGAGGGAAAGGGGAUGGAAACAGAAUUAAGAUGUGUUCUGUGCAGGCACCAACCCCACACAAGGCAGGCGUGUAAACACUGUCCUGCAAACUAAUGAAAAUGAGGAAAAGCAGACACGGGUGUCAGGAGGAGCAGGCGUUGGGGGUCAGAGGUGCUUGUGUGACCCUCUCAAUGGCCAGUCGGGAGUGGAGGCCCCGAGAGAGCCAAGAGAGCCAACCUUCCCCCACGUUCUGCAUGAGCCCGCGUCUCCAGGGCCCCGGCCCCUCCCGGGAGCUGGCUGUGCACAGCCCAGCGCAGGCCCCGGGUUGCAGCGGGAGGAGCUGCAGCCUGCCCCUGCGUCCCUUCCUGGGAGGAAGCGGGAAGCUCCCGAGGGCAAACACUGCCCGGCAUCCUGCUCAGCCAGCCAGAGCGAGCGGGGCCCUCGCCUUCCACACCAUGGAGAUUCCGGGAACCCUCGCCCGCCACCGGCAGGUCCUGAGCAUGAGCCGGCUUUGCCCCUGGGCGCGACGCCCCCUUCUCCAUGCAGCCAGCAUCGGAGGAGUCCUCGUCGGUGCCUUCUUGGUCCUGGGCUGCUGGGGGCUGUCGGACUCCCAGCAGAGCUUUCUGCAGGCUCUGGAUCCCGAGGAGGUGUCCUCUUACUUCGGCCCCGAUGCUGCCUUCGAAGGAGACCCUGCUGCUGGGCUCUGGAGGCGGACACGGAGACGGGCAGCAGGGGGCAUCCUGCACCUGGAGCUGCUGGUGGCCGUGGGUCCUGAUGUCCACCAAGCUCACCAGGAGGACACCGAGCGCUACAUCCUCACCAACCUCAACAUUGGGUCAGAGCUGCUGAGGGAUCCCUCCCUGGGGACACAGGUCCACGUGCACCUGGUAAAGCUGCUCAUCCUCACGGAGCCCGAGGGAACCCCGAAUGUCACCGCCAAUAUCACCUCGUCCCUGCUGAGCGUCUGUGAGUGGAGCCGGUCAGUCCACCCCGCAGACGACAAGGAUCCUGGGCACGCAGACCUGGUCCUCUACGUCACCAGGUUUGACCUGGAGUCGCCUGAUGGCAAUCGGCAGGUUCGGGGGGUCACCCAGCUGGGAGGAGCCUGCUCCCCCUUGUGGAGCUGCCUUAUCACUGAGGACACCGGCUUUGACCUGGGGGUCACCAUGGCACACGAGAUCGGGCACAGCUUAGGCCUGGACCACGAUGGGGCACCUGGCAGCGGCUGUGGGCCCAGUGGACACGUGAUGGCCUCCGACGGCGUGGCGACCACCCACAGGGGCUGGGUGUGGUCCCCCUGUAGCCGAAGGCAGCUGCAGCAGCUGCUCAGCACAGGGUGGGGGCGCUGCAUGUGGGACCUGCCAAGGUCGCCGUGGAGACCCGCGGGGCGCCUGCCUGAUGCCCAGCCUGGCCUCUACUACGGCAUGGAGGAACAGUGCCGCAUUGCCUUUGGCCCCGCUGCCGCUGCCUGCACCUUUGCCAGGGAGGGGCUGGACAUGUGUCAGGCCCUGUCCUGCCACACCGACCCCCUGGACCACAGUAGCUGCAGCCGCCGCCUCGCACCUCUCCUGGAUGGGACAGAAUGCGGCGUGGAGAAGUGGUGCUUUAAGGGUCACUGCCGCCCCCUGGCGGAGCUGACACCUGUGGCCGCAGUGCAUGGGCAGUGGUCCAGCUGGGGCCCUAGCAGUCCUUGCUCCCGCUCCUGCGGAGGAGGCGUGGUCACCAGGAGGCGGCGGUGUGACAACCCCAGGCCUGCCUUCGGGGGUCGGGCGUGCGCCGGGGAGGACCUGCAGGCUGAGAUGUGUAACGCUCAGGCCUGCGAGAAGACCCAGCUGGAGUUCAUGUCCGAGCAGUGUGCCCAGACCGAUGGCCAGCCACUGCCCCUCUCCCAGGGGGGCGCCUCCUUCUACCGCUGGGCCGCUGCCCUGCAGUACAGCCAAGGGGACGCUCUGUGCACACACUUGUGCUGGGCUGUCGGCGAGAGCUUCAUCAUGCGGCGUGGAGACCAGUUCCUGGACGGGACCCGAUGUGUGCCCAGUGGCCCCGAGGAGGACAGGACCCUGAACCUGUGUGUGUUGGGCAGCUGCCGGACGUUCGGCUGUGACGGCCGCAUGGACUCUCAGCAGGCGUGGGACGUGUGCAGGGUGUGUGGAGGGGACAACAGCACCUGCAGCCCGCAGAAUGGCUCUUUCACAGCAGGAAUGGCCAGAGAGUAUGUCACAUUCUUGACAGUCACCCCCAACGUGACCAGUGUGCACGUCGUCAACCGCAGGCCCCUCUUCACGCACUUGGCGGUGAGGAUCCGAGGGCACUACGUCGUGGCUGGGGGAGGCGGCAUCGCACCGAACACCACCCACCCGUCCCUCCUGGAAGACAGCCGCAUAGAGUACAGAGUGGCCCUCGCCCAGGACCAGCUGCCCCGCCAGGAGGAGAUCCACAUCCAGGGACCCGUCCAAGAAGACGUGGAGAUCCAGGUGUACAGGCGGUAUGGCGAGGACUACGGCGCCCACACCCGGCCAGAUAUCACCUUCACCUACUUCCAGCCCAAGCAGCAGGUGGCGUGGGUGUGGGCCGCGGAGCGUGGGCCCUGCUCGGUGAGCUGUGGGGCAGGGCUGCGCUGGGUGUCCUACAGCUGCCUGGAUGCGACCCAAAAUGUGUGGGUGGAGGCCACUUGGUGUCGAGGGAGCCCGCAACCGCCCGCGUGGCCAGAGCCCUGUGCUCCUGCGCCCUGCCCUCCACUGCAGGAGGUGUCAGAGCCUGGCCUGAGCACGGCGGCCAGUGGAGCAGGCCUGGCCUCGCCCAGUGUGACGCAGGGGGCAGAUGGCCCGGGCUCACCAGCAACCGCAGGGCCCUGUGCCACCCGUGAGAUGCCGCUCGCUGGUGAGCCCUGUGUUGGAACGGUGUGUCCUCCAGCCUGGGAUCAGCUCUCGGCCCACCCCACGGAGGCCACUGCCACUGCUGAGGAGCCUGAGGAGGCCAAGCUGCACCCCACGUCUCCAGAGGAGGAGGCUCCGGCCGCACACGUGUGGACUCCUAAGCCGGGGCUGUGCUCUGUCUCCUGUGGGCGAGGACUGAUGGAGCUGCGCUUCCUGUGCAUGGCCUCCGUCCUCGGGACACCUGUCCGGGAGGAGUUGUGUGACUUGGCCAGCAGGCCGGGGCGCCGGUGGGAGGUGUGCCAGGCUGGCCCGUGCCCCGCUCAGUGGGAGGCCCGGGCCUUGGUGCCGUGUCCAGUGACCUGUGGAGGGGGGCGGAUACCCCUGGCUGUGCGCUGCGUGAAGCUGGACCACGGCCGCCCUGUCCCUCUGCCUCACUCCAAGUGCUGGCCAGCACCCCGGCCCGGCCCCUUCCAGGACUGCAGCCCGGAGCCCUGCCCGGCCAGGUGGAAAGUCCUGUCCUUCGGCCCAUGCUCAGCCAGCUGUGGCCUGGGCACCGCGACACGUGCAGUGGCCUGCGUGCAGCUAGACCAGGGCCAGGACGCAGAGGUGGAUGAGGCAUCCUGUGAGGUGGCGGUGCGGCCGCAGGCCAGUGUCCCGUGCUUCGUGGCUGACUGUGCCUACCGGUGGCACAUCAGCCGCUGGACGGAGUGCUCCGUCUCCUGUGGGGAUGGUGUCCAGCGCCGGCGUGACAGCUGCCUUGGACCCCAGGGCCAGGCACCCCUGCCAGCCAGCUUCUGCCAGCACUUGCCCAAGCCAGUGACAGUGCGGGGGUGCUGGGCCGGGCCCUGUGUGGGACAGCGGGGCCCCAGCCUGGCGCUCCACGAGGGCACCACCACUCCGGGCCCAGGCAUGGCUGCUGCUGCUGCUGCUUCUCUGGAGGGGCCUCAGGCCCUGGCUCGGGCCCGCCUCAUCCCCCUAGCUGCUCAGCCUCCAGGGCCCCAGGAGAGGCCGGAAGAGUCCAGUGUCUGUGGCAGGCAGUACCUGGAGCCCACGGGAACCAUCGAUAUGCGAGGCCCUGGCCAGGCGGACUGUGUGGUGGCCAUUGGGAGGCCCCUGGGUGAGGGGGUGACCCUCCAGGUCCUUGAGAGUUCCCUCAACUGCAGUGCAGGGGAGUCGUUGCUGCUCUGGAGCCAGCUCACCUGGAGGAAGGUGUGCAGAGACCUGGGGGGCAAGACUUUGGGCUCCAAGACCAACACGCUGGUGGUGAGACAGCUCCGCGUGCGGCCAGAGGGUGGAGUGGUGCUGCGGUACGGGAGUCAGGCUGUGCCGGAAGCCUUCCACAGAGAAUGCGAUGUGCAGCUCUUUGGACCCUGGGGUGACAUCCUGAGCCCCCUACUGAGUGCAGACGGAAGAACCACAGGUGGCUGCCGGGUCUUCAUCAGCGUGGCUCCGCAGGCCCGCGUUGCCAUCUAUGUCCUGGCCACCAGCAUGGGCACUGGGACCAGUGGCAGCUACAUCUCAAUCCGGGACGUGCACAGCACGAGGACCACAACCUUCCGUGGGCAGCAGGCGCUCUACUGGGAGUCGGAGGGCAGUGAGGCUGAGAUGGAGUUCAGCACUGACUUCCUGGAGGUGCAUGCUGGCCUGCGGGGCAGGUACUGGACGCUGCCCUCGAGGGUGCCGGAGGGAGACCCUGCCCCAGCGGUCUCUCCAAGCGGCAGAAGGGAAGUGAGGGCUCCUGACACUUCCUGAGCACCUGCCUGGGAAUGAACUCUGUCCUGAAAGUUCGUCCCAGCUCUUACUUACACUGGUCUUAGGGAAUUCUCCUCGAAGGUCCUAUCCAGUGUGCAAAAACCUAGGGGUGGGAGGUGGAGACAGCCUAGAAGGCUGCUUCCAGCCCCUCAGGUACCAAUAAAGGAAGCA